GAAUGUUUGACGUCCGUUUAUUAACUUUUGGCAUUAUUAAAUAAUUGUUAAUUUUCUGUGUUUAUUUGUGACAGUGUAUUAACAUCAACGAUAUAAAGAUGCUGAGAAAAAGUUAAUUUUAGAAAAGCAUUUAAUAAUUAGAGACACCCUUACCUUGUUUUUCUUAUACUACCUACCUUAUUUUUUUUUCAGUAGCAAGGAAAGCGGUAAACUCUAAUUAUGAAUGUUUUUCAGAAUUGUUCAGAUACUUCAGAUCUUCUACCCCUAUAUCUUCCACAACAACUUUACUUAAAACCCAUCGCAAGAUUAAAUAUGUCUUUACAACUUCCAAAUGUAAAAAAGAUGGGAAAAAGUAUCUCCCAUUGGGAAAUAAUGGAGAAAUUGCGAGAAUUAAUCAAACCAGAAGAAUUUACAGUAUUAAAAGUAACAAAAACUACAAUAGAAUUUGUUCGUUUUGAAGCAGAAGUAGAUAAAAGAACAAAACUGAAACCUGUUCUGGCAAAACUAGAUAAUAGAAUGAUAAAGUUAAAAGAUUUCAGUGAUUUAAUGAGAAUUCGGGCAGCAGAAUGGAAAUCCGAUUUUCCAAAUCGUCACGUGUGGGACGAUUUCUUCCAAAGUAAUAAGGAAAUGGAUGAAAUGCGACCUGGUGAACGUCCAGACACAGUUCAUCUUUCUAAUUUGCCCUCAAAAUGGUUUUUACAGUAUCACUUAUCAAAUGAAGAAGACAUCAUACCAUCUGAGAAAAUCUUUUAUCGAGUGUUUGAAAAAUUUGGGACUAUCCGUUACGUAGAUAUACCAGUAUGUGAUCCGUAUAGAAAAAAGAUGAAAGACCAUAUAUCUGGACUUAAAUACUCUUCACUUGACAAGACUGACUUUUUUGAGGGUUACGUCCAGUUUAAGGAUUAUAUUGGGUUCACUAAAACCAUGGAUGCCUUUCGUGAUAUGAAAUUAGUGCAUAAGAAUGACGAAGGCAUUUUUGAAGUAAAUAUUAAGGUGGACUUUGAUAAAUCGAAGCAUUUAAGUGAUGCUUCAAUUAGAAGGAGAGAAAUUGUGAGAGAUAGAUUAGUGAAGAAAGCAAGAGAGAAAGAGGAAAAAGAGAAGGCCGAGUACGAAGAAAAGAAACGAAAGGAACACAUAGAAAUGUAUAUGCUUUAAUAACGUUAAUACGGCUUGUCAUAAUGAUUGUUCGUUUUUAGACAAAGAGAAAAAGAAGUAAAACAGCAGAAAGAACAAAGGAGGAAGCUGAGGGAAGAGAAACGAAAAGCAAAAAUUUUGGAAAAGUUGGAGGUAUCUGGAACUGACGAAAUUAACGCCAAAAUUGCCAAGGAAGAAAAGAAACUCCUGAAGGUUCAAAGGAAGUUGGAAGCUAUUAGGCUGGUGGAGGAGUUAUUUAGCAGGAUUAAAGAAAAACACGUGGACAAUGAACGGAAUGAUAAGCUUCGAAUAACGACUAACGAGGAGUUGAAACGUUUUAAAAAUGCAAGUGAACUAGAGGUGCUUACCCAACGCGAGAAGUUACACUAUGCAGUGAAAGGUAGAGUCAUGCUGAAGAGUAUUCUUUCUGAAGGAAAAAGAAGUCGUUAUUCAAGUUCAGAAUCUUCUUUAUCGUUGGAUGAACCAGAAGAAAAAAGAGAACCGGCAAGCCCCGUUUUAAAAAAAUACCCUGAAUUGUUAUAUGACCCUUCGUGGUUUGGAUUUCCGUAUCACACCAUGUAUCAGGAAUAUGCUGACUUUCCACCUAUGAGAGGUAUUUUUCCGAGAGGCAGGGCCCCUUUCCCGAGGAUGCCUAUAAUGCCAGGAUCUUCAAGAGGGUCUUUUAAUAGGCGGAGGGGUAACUACUACCCACGAUACCGUGGCAACAAUCGUGGCUACAAAGCUCGUCACUACCCUCCUGAAAUAGAAGAGGAAUAUCAAAAGUAUUUUUCAAAAUUUUUAGACGAGCAUGACGAUCGGUCUUACUCGGACAGACACAGAAGAUCACGCUCUCCCUCUUACAGCUCUCCCCGACGCAGUCGUUCGUACAGAAGGUCCUACAGUAGAUCUCGUAGUCGAUCUAGAUCGAGGAGACGUUCUAAUAGUCGAAGAACAAGAUCUCACUCUCGGUCUCACCGUUCUUCUAGAUCGAGGUCGAGGAGAUCCAUCUCUAAGGACAGAUCUAGGAGAAAGUUGCGCUCUAAAGACAGAUCGAGGUCGAAAACUCGUGAAAAAUCACAUUCUCGAGAGAGAUCUAGGUCGAAAUCGAGUAGGAAAUCUUCACAGAAAGAGCGAAGGAAGAAGUCAAAGUCUAAGUCUAGAGAGAAGUCGGUCGAUAGUUCGACGUUUAUGACCCCGCAGCAAUUGCAGCAGCAGAGUACGGACAGGAGAUCUAGGUCGAAGUCCUGGUCUUUGCCGAAAGAAAGUGACAAAUGUGAGGGGAGGUCGUGGUCAAAGUCUCCUGAGAAGUGACGGGGUGUGGUAGCGUGUCUGGUAUUUUUUUUUUUUUGAAUCACUCGAGAUUUUGUUUUAUAGAACAAAAAAACAAAACGUUAAGUAUUGUUACUACUUGGUAAUAUUAGUUUACAAUUUAGAAUUUUACACUAGUUGAAAAUGAUUGAGAGGUAAGUCCAACUUCUGAUUAAAUUUUGAUUGUAAGCAAC